AUGGAAAACGAAGAAGUAGCCCCCAUCGCUCCCGGCAGUCCACUCUUCUUAUCCGGUGACGGCUUUGAACCGGCCGGCGUUCUCUUUCCUCACGCCGUCUUUCACUUCCCUUCAAAGGAGAAGAAAGAGGCUUGCGACUUCAUCGACAAGGUCGCCGACAAGCACCGUCGCUUAUGUGAAGAGAGGCAGCGGCUGGGCCUCAAAAGGCAAACGCUCGAGGCUCGCAUCGCCCGGGUGGAAAGAAAGAUACGAGCCCUGGAGAGCGAUCCCUUUCAAUGGGAGUGGCGGAACUUCGACUCCGUUGCCGAGAUCCCGAAGAUGCUUCGGACGUAUCUCCGCGCAAGAGGAGUCCCGGGCCCUGUGAACGCCCCCGUCUUCGUCACUCCAUCCGACGAUGAAGAGGAAGAGGACUUGGAGGAGGAGGCCAGCGACUGCCGGAAACGCCUUCGGGAUCGUUCCGAAGUGGAUGCCAGAAACAAGGCGUCCACUUCGAGGACUAAACCGGCGAUGAAGGAGCCUGUUCCUGAGCCUCUCCCAUAA